AUGGCCGAGGGGAGCGCGGCGCCCGACCCGGAGCAGCUCCUCAGGAGGGUGCAGGAGCUGGAAGAGGAGGUGAGGAGGCUGCGGGAGAAGCUGCGAGGAGACCAGGAGGCCCUGGGGAGCAGAGAAGCCCCCGUGGGGAGCAGAGAAGCCCCCGCGGGGAGCGGGCAGGGGAAGAAGGGUCGGCGCCCCUUCGACUUCGACGCUCACGGCCGCCGGCACGUGGCUCUGAGAAUCGCCUACUUGGGCUGGGGCUACCAGGGCUUUGCCAGCCAGGAGAACACCAGCAACACCAUCGAGGAGAAGCUCUUCCAGGCCUUGACCAAGACCAGGUUGGUGGCCAGCAGACAGACCUCCAACUACCACCGCUGCGGGCGGACGGACAAAGGAGUCAGCGCCUUCGGGCAGGUGAUCUCCCUCCAUCUGCGCUCCAGCCUCUCGGGGAAGCGGCAGCUCAACGGCCACGAGGACGGCUCGGGAGGGGAGGAGGAGGAAGAGGAGGAGGAGGAAGAGCUGCGUUACACCCACAUGCUCAACAGGGUGCUGCCCCCCGACAUCAGGGUGCUGGCCUGGGCCCCCGUGGGGCCGGGGUUCAGCGCCCGCUUCAGCUGCCUCAGCAGGACCUACAGGUACUUCUUCCCCCGCGGGCAGCUGGCCGUGGAGCUGAUGGCCACGGCGGCCCAGAGGUUCCUGGGCACCCACGACUUCCGCAACUUCUGCAAGAUGGACGUGGCCAACGGGGUGGUCAACUUCCAGAGGACCAUCCUCAGCGCCACCGUCACCCCCGUGGGAGGAGGAGGAGGAGGAGGAGGAGGAGGGACGCAGGAUCCCUUCAGCCUGUGGCAGUUUGAGGUGAGGGGCCAAGCGUUCCUCUACCACCAAGUGCGUUGCAUGAUGGCCAUCCUCUUCCUCAUCGGGCAGAGGGCGGAGAGCCCGGAGAUCAUCGACCAGCUGCUGGACGUGGAGAAGAACCCCAGGAAACCACAGUACAGCAUGGCAGUGGAGUUUCCCCUCGUCCUGUACGACUGCGAGUUUGAGAACCUUCAGUGGUUCUACGACCGGGAAGUGCAGGAGUUCAACGUCACCCACCUGCAGCAGCUCUGGGCCAACCACGCCGUCAAGACCCAAGUGCUCCGUGACAUGCUGCGAGGGCUGGACGCCGCCCCCGUGGCCGCUGGGAAAGCCCCGGGGAGCACCACGACCACAGUGUGGAGAGACUUGAAGCCCCAGCUCCACAAGCAGACCAGUGGAUUCGUGGAAGGCGUCCAGCCUCGCACCUACAAACCUCUGCUGGCCCGCCCAAAAUGCGAGGGGCUGGAAGCUCGGAUCCAGCAUUUCGUGAGGAGGGGUCGUAUCGACCCCCCCUCGAUGGGCUUGGGGGGAGAUGGGGGCCAGCAGCCCCCCGAAAUCAAAAGGAGCCACCACG